GGCAGCAGCGGGCGGGGGCGGCGGCGGAGGAGGCGGGGGCGGAGGGGGCGGGGUGCGGGCCGGCGGCGGCGGCGGCAGCAGCAUCAAAGAGCCCCGAUUCUUGCCGCCCUGGGAGCCAUGCGCUGCUGUCUGUAAUGUCAGCGGAACAGGAGAAGGACCCCAUCGCGCUGAAGAGAUCCCGAGGUGGUGACAGUGGAUUGGAUGGGUUAGGAGGACCAGGAGUUCAGCUUGGAAGCCCUGAUAAGAAAAAGCGCAAAGCAAAUACACAGGGGUCGUCAUUUCCUCCUCCAUCUGAAUACGCUCCACCACCGAACCCAAGCUCUGACCACCUUGUAGCUGCAAAUCCCUUUGAUGACAACUAUAAUACUGUGUCUUAUAAACCACUUCCUUCAGGAAAUCCAUAUUUUAGUAACCCUGGUUAUCCUGGCUUUGGAGGCUAUAACACUUUCAGAAUGCCACCUCACAUGCUGCCCAGAGUGUCCUCACCAUAUGGUGGUUCUUACUCCCUCAGAAACCAACCACAUCCUCUUCCUCAAAACCCUGUUGGCAUGGGUUUUAGUCGACCCCACUCUUUCAGCUUUGGUCCUCAUGAUAACCCAGGUUUUGGGAAUCAACCACCUUAUGGCAGUGGUCAGAUAAAUCAAAAUGUCAAUAUGUCUGCUCAGCAUUUCAGACCAAAUCCUGGGGAGAACUUUGGCCAUUCUGGUCAGAUACCUCACCCUGAUGUGCCAACUAACUUUGGUCCUGGAAACAAUCCAAAUUUUCCAAAUUCUCAGCUAGAGUCAAACCAUUCUUUUGUUCCUCCACCAAACACGUACAACCAGACAAAAUCAUCAACACAAAAGCAAGACUUUAGUCAAGGUGCGAGCAAAGCAUCCAGCCAGAACGCUGCUGCUCAUCAGCACCAUCACAGGACAGAGGACGUUGUGAGUCAAGGUAACAGUGACCUGAAAAAUGUUACUCGAAACAAUGUGGUAAAUCAGGAUAACAGCCAUUCUAACAGUGCUGAGAACACCAAUGCUGGCCACUCAAAUGGGACUCAGAGCAAGUCCCGCCAGCCUCGAGGUACUGCUGAAGGAUGCAACUCUGAAAAGAGCAGCAAAACACCCCUCCAUCCCAGUCGUCACGGACACUCGUCCUCUGAACCCGUCUACCCGUGUGGAAUUUGUACACAUGAAGUCAAUGAUGACCAGGAUGCCAUCCUGUGUGAAGCCUCUUGUCAGAAAUGGUUCCAUCGGAUCUGUACGGGCAUGACAGAGUCAGCAUAUGGCCUUCUCACGGCAGAGGCAUCGGCAGUGUGGGGCUGUGACACUUGCAUGGCUGACAAGGAUGUGCAGUUAAUGCGCACGAGAGAGACUGCAGGACCACCUGCGCUGAACACAGAAGGCUGACAGCCUGAAUGGGUGCUAGUGGAGCAAAUACUUGCUAUGAAAAUUUGGUUACGAAUUGGGUACUUCACUUUCUGCAGACAAUCAGUUGUGUUUGAUUGCUGUCAUCUUUUUUCCCCUAAUCUGUAUUCAUUCAUAAACUUCCAUCUCAGCUUUUGUACUCUUAGUUUUAUGUGUGCAAAUGUUUUUACAGGAUGGAAUAUUUUUUGUUUCUGAUUGAACUGUAACUGACAAUUGAUCGGAAGUAGGAUGAGCGUUGACAAUAUUAUUGAAGGAAAAAAUGUGCCUGUAUGAAUAGCCCUAAUUUGCUAGUGUAUAUUAAUGUGUUAACUAACGCUAGCAUUUAGUGCUUGGUUUUAAUGGUACUAUAUUUGCAAGUACUCAUUACUUUGUUUUUUUCUUUUGGCGUGAAUGUCUGUUAUUGAUGUUCUUGCUAGUAGAGAAUAUAGUAGAGAUGACAUGGAGGAAUGUGCAGUACUAAUAGUUGUUAUUUUAGGGUAAAUACAGAGAAUUUUGUAUGUGCUUUUUCCUAUUUUUGAAGUAAAGCAUUAAUGUGCUAUUCAAAAAUAAUGAAUUCAUGCUUAGUAACACAAUGAAACCCGCUAAGUAUGACACAUUUCUAUUUCCUUGAAAAGGCAAUAAUCUCUUGACUUCUCAGCAAUUACAUGCUGAAGGCUCUUGCUAGACCUUGCAUUAUUUGGAAGUUGUUGGGAAAUAAGAUUAAAUUGGAAAAAGAACACA